AUGGCCUCCAAGCAGAUGGUGCAUAUGAACCAAGGACAAGGGGAGAGAAGUUAUGUGUUGGGGAACGCUCAGCAAAACAGGAUGAAGCUCCUGAUAGAAGGAGCCAUCAUAGACUUAUACAGCAGGACCAGCACCUUGUUACCUGAAAUGAUGGUGAUUGCGGACUUGGGCUGCUCCUUUGGCCCAAAUUCGUUGUCACUGGUAUUGGUCGCUGUCGAGGCGAUUCAUGGUUACUGUCUUCAGUUCCAGCAGGCACCACCGGAACUGUGUGUGUUCCUCAACGACCUGCCUGACAACGACUUCAACACGGUGGUGAAGAGCCUCGUCACACUCCGUCGAAUCAACGACCCUGUGGUCGUGACGGGUGUCGCACCAGGAUCCUUUUAUGAGAGGCUCUUCACUAGUAGCUCCGUGCAUCUUGUGUGCUCGUCCAGUAGCCUGCACUGGCUCUCAAAGGUCUCUGAAGUUCUAAGAAGGAACCAGAUCCCGGCUUACUACAUCAAUGAUCAUGCUAGGCGUGAAAAGCUCCCUAUGGUCCUUGAAGCCUAUGCACAGCAGCUCAGGAAGGAUUUCAGACAUUUCCUAGAACUGAGAGCUAAAGAAUUAGUCACAGGAGGGCAGAUGGUUGUUUCCAUUAUAGGAAGGCAUUCUGAUGGCAUCGCCCCCUUUCACAUCUGGGACAUUCUUGCUCAGGUUCUAAGUAUUAUGGCCUCAGAGGGUGUAAUCGACAAGGCAAAGUUUGAUUCUUUCUACGUGCCAGUCUAUGGACCUUCCAAGGAUGAUCUAAGGGAGAUCAUCCAAGAAGAGGGGUCCUUUUCGAUCAAGGAGUUUCUGGUGCAUGACUUUUUAAUCGACCUGGACAGUGCACUUGUCACCCCAAGCUGGAUUGCGAACCAGAUAAGAGCCGUGCAUGAACAGAUAGUCGUGCAACAUUUCGGAGAUGUGAUGGACGAAUUCGUGAGGAUCACGGAGCGGCACUGGAGCUUGGACACAAGCUUGAUGCAGGAAGAGCAUGUCGGAUUAGCUAUGCUGACUUUAUCGGUCACCAAGGCAUGA